UCAGUCUGAUCAAUCACAACGAAGGAAGGGCAGAACUUAGCUCUAGAAGUGAGUUGGCUCGUUCUGCGGUAGAUGGUAUCGAAUGGACGUGGAAAGUUUACUGUUAUUAACAUAUGAUUGAAAACUUUGAUUAGAAUAUGAAUGGAACGACAUACUCACACUUUGACAGUCAAGAACAUGUUUUGAAAUUAGGCGAAACAUUUGAGAAACAACCCAAAGGUGCUUACCACACGGUGCGAUAUGACUUCAAACCAGCCUCCAUUGACACCUCCUGUGAGGGAGAGCUGGAGGUGGGAAAGGGAGAACAAGUUACCAUCACACUGCCCAAUCUGGAGGGAUCCACUGCCCCUGUAACAGUCUUCAAAGGAUCCAAGAGGCCUUAUAUGAAGGAAUGUAUUCUCAUUGUAAACCAUGAUACAGGAGAGUACCGUCUGGAGAAACUCAACAGCAACAUUGCAGUCAAGAAGACCAGGGCUGAAGGCAGCAGUAAGAUCCAGUCUCGUAUAGAGCAGCAGACCAGUCGUCUGAGCCAGCAGAUGAAGACUAGUGUUAGCAGCAGCAGCAGCAGCAAAACCCCAGCAGGCUCCAAGAGCUCUCCUCCCAAAGAGAAGAUGUCCCCUGCCUCCCACAUGGAUGACAUUGAGAGAGAGCUAAUGGCGGAGGCGAAGGUCAUGGACCAGAUGAGUAGUGGGGACUCGUCCUCAGACUCCCACAGCUCCUCCUCCAGUAGUGGGGACAGCUCCAGCAGUAGUGAUUCUGAGGACGAGUCCCGGCAUCCACCUCCCCCCGGCCCCUCUGGGGGUCCCCUCACAGCGCCACCACCCCACCAGGGCAUGCCCAUCCUCACCACCGUUACUACCACCACCAUCUCCUCACCACCUCGGGGUGGAGGACACCUCAUGAGUACGCUAAAGAAUGACCUGCAGUUAAGUGAGUCUGGCAGUGAAAGUGACGAUGAUUGACCAGUGAGAGACCACUGAUUCUGUGGCGUGUCAGAGAGGUCCAUCUCUGGACAGCUGCACUGACCUUCACCUGGAUGGCCAUCCUUUAGGGUCACAACAAGAGUGGAAUGAGACUAGGGAAUAUGGAUGUGAUCUUCUUAAUGCCAAAUAAGACCAAACCCCUAUACCUUUUGGAAGCAACACCCCUCACCACCCCAUCAGCAUUUCAGUUGAAUGUGUCUUAAUAGUUCUAUCAAUAGUCUGUUGUCGAUAUCUGUUAGUCCCUUUUUGAAAGAAAUGGGCCAAUAGCUGUGAUCAAUUCUCUUAUCUACACAUUUGAUCUGGAUUAUUUUCACUGUUCAUUUUAGGUAGUAGUUACUCUACUAGUUUAAGUGUUACUACUAGUUGGCCAAAGGGAACUGGGAACCAUACUGCUGAAUUGAACAGAGGAGGUAUUUCUGUUAUCAAGGAUCAGCCACAUCAAUAUCAGAAUGGAUUCCCCUGCAUUCACCCAUUUGGAAAGACUUCCAGCAUCAUAUAGCAUCAGUGUUUCAUUAGUUAGCUUUUAGACUGUGACUACUGUGAAAGAUUUACUCUUAAAGUAAGGGGAUAGGUUGAAGCAGUCUUAUCAUGUCGUUGCUUUAUUAGGAAUUAUCUUAAAAUGUUACUUUGUUGUUUAAUAUAUGGCCUAGCAACAUAUCACGUCUGAGGGGUAUUUGAGGAAACUAGUGCACUACUUGAAGUGGAUUGAUUUAGCUUAGUGUGGGGUAAACGUAACUUAAAGAUUUUGCUCAGUGAUGCUACGUAAUGUUUUUGAAAGAUUACUUGGCUUUGUUGCUUUAAACCUGCAAUACUUGAAUCUGAUUUAUGAUUAUAUUUUACAUAUUUACUCAGAAAAACCAACAGCUUAAUAUAUUCUAUAGGUGUCAGAGCAAUGGGAGUGUAUGUAUGCUCCUAUAGCCUGAUGCCAGUGAGUCUUACAGCCCUGCCUUUAGAACUGCCAUUCCAAUGACUACUAUCCCUUCUGUUAUGGUUACUGAAGUGAAUCUCAAAAGUAUUUCCUUGAUUCCUUGCAUCCUUGAUUCAUCGAUUCUUUCUCAAAAUGCACUGGAGGAGAAGGUCUGAGGGGAGGAGGUAGUUGGAUCUUCUCUUCCAAUGUGUUUAAAAAAAAAAAAAAGAGGCGAUUCAUCAAGGAAUUAAUGAGAUGCGUGAUGAAUCCAGGAAUUGCUUUUGAGACAUAUCCCAGGUCAUAUCUCAUAUCCCAGUGUUGCACCCUCUCUAAAGUAUUAUGUUAGAACAUUAGCUCCGUCCCAAUAAUCUCUCCUUUCUCCCGAAGUGUGCACCUGUUCAUGGAUUUGAAUGGAAAUGACUGGCAUAUGGAAACUCUUUCUAGCCCAUGCCUACACCAAUCCAAUGUUUUUAUAUUUGUGGUGAACGAGUGCACACUUUAGGAGAAAGGAGAGAUAAUUGGGAUGUAACAACCAUGGCUUGUCUAAUAACAAACUCGGGGAAACUGGGAAAGAAGGGAAGAGGGAGGGAGUGAGGAAAACAGCCUUUAAUUCUGCUUGGGUAAAUAAUAAGAAUGUGGUUAUAAUAGUCUGUUUUGGCAGUUGAAAGGAUGGUGGAUUCAGUAGGUGGACAUGAAUAAUUAACUAUUUUGAAUAUGCAUUUCUUUGUAGAUAAAUAAAAUGUUUCAUUGUCAAUGUA